ACCUCCAGCGGCAGCGACAGAGGGAGACAUGGCGGCCCGACUCGGCCUGAGGGUUCGUUAUUUCAGCACCUCUGGGGUCAGGCCAGUAUCCAAACUGAUCAAGCCACCUGUUCAGGUGUAUGGAGUUGCAGGUCGGUAUGCCACAGCUGUGUACUCUGCUGCCUCCAAGCAGAAGACGCUGGACCAGGUGGAAAAGGAGCUGGGCAGGAUAAAAACUUUAAUGAAGGAUCCCAAGGUCUCCUCCAUAGUCACCAAUCCCCACAUUAAGAGCGCUGUCAAGCAGAAAGCUAUGACUGACGUGUUGGUCAAAGAGAAAUGUUCCCCACUCACGAUAAACUUUGUCGGUCUGCUGGCGCAGAAUGGACGUUUGCCCCAAGCCAUUGACGUGGUUGUUGCUUUCGAGAAGAUGAUGAGCGCUCACCGUGGGGAAGUCCUCUGCUCAGUCACUACUGCUCAGCCCCUGGAUGAAGGUAAUCUUACCGAACUAAAAUCUGUUCUCAAUAGUUUUCUGAAGAAAGGUGAAGUCCUGAAACUGGACAGCAAGACGGAUACAUCAAUCUUGGGGGGAAUGAUUGUCAGCAUCGGUGAUAAAUACGUUGAUAUGUCUGCAAAAACCAAGAUUCAGAAACUGAGCAAAAUAAUGAAACAAACUGUAUAACUAUAUGCACUUAAAACUGAGUUGUCUAACAUAUGGUUGUCUAACUUUAUCUCGAUGCUCGUCUCUCAGUCUGCUUGGACAUUGAUUUGUGUACAAAAGAUUUAAUAAAGCAAUUUCCAACCGAAAUGAUGUUCAAAAC